AGCUCCCACCGCCACGCGCCACCCAAAACAAACCCCCCAUUCCUCUCCUCCUCCAUGGCCACCGGCGGCUCGCCGCCGCUCACCGGCCGCCGCCGCCGCCGCCGCGGCGAGAAGGUGCGGCGCUGGACAAGGCCGAAGAAGGGCUCGGUCUCCCGGUCCCCGCACUACCCGUGCCCCGGCGGGGAGGAGGAGCCCCCGCCGCCGCUGGCGCCCGGCACCGACGUCGAGGUCCGCCUCGACGGGGACGGGUACCACGGCACCUGGUACAGGGCCGUCGUCGUGAGCUUCGUCCCGGCGCGGGGGCCCCGCGCCCCGGCGCGCUACGCCGCCUCCUACGCCGACCUCGUCUCCGACGACGGCGGCGGCGGUGGCAGCGAGCCCCUCGUCGAGCACUUCGCGCCCUCCCACAUCCGCCCCCGCCCCCCACCUCCCCCCUCCUCCGACGACCUCCGCGCGCUCGCCCCGCACGACAUUGUCGAGGCGUUUCACAAGGAUGGGUGGUGGUCCGGCAUCGUGCUCGGCGGCGGCGGCGGCGUCGUCACCGUCGCGUUCCCCAUCACCCGCGAGGUGAUCGACUUCCCGCCGCGCUUGGUGCGCCCGCGCCGCGACUACGUCGGCGGCGAGUGGGUCCCGUCGGAGGCGGCGAUCGCGCACCAGCCCAAGCAGGCGGCGGCGGUUAGGAUUUACCGGGUUGGGGACAAGGUGGAGGUGAGGAGGGACCGGGAGGUGUACGGCCGCUCCUGGUUCCACGCCAAGGUGACCAAGGUGAUCGACAAGAUGAGCUAUCUCGUCGAGUAUUCCGAUCUUGAGAAGGAGACGGUGGAGUACCUGCACUGGCAGUUCAUCAGGCCGUCCGAGGUGCGCUCGCCGCAGGAUUGUGAUCUCCGGUUUGGCCCCGGCGCCGCCGUCGAGGCCUACUGCGACGGGGCGUGGUCGCCUGGCGUGGUGCGGAGAAUUGUCGGUGAGGGUGAGUACGAGGUAAGUGUCAAUGGGAAGAACAAUGAGAUUGUGGUGACCAAGGCGCGGGAGCUGCUCCAGCCUCAGUACAAGUGGAAUGGGAAGAAUUGGAGGAUUGUUUCUGCCAAGAGACGCUUGAGCCACCAGUUUGUGUCUGGAAAAAACCGAAGGUCACCAGCUGAUGAACACUCCAGUGAUGAUGAACAAAAACAAGAUACUGAAUCUUCUGCCUGGACAAUGUCAAGGAAAAGGUCAAAGAAGGAAUUCAAGGCAACAGAACUGCCUGAAGUCAACUUACCUGAAGAUUCUAAUGCUGUGUCAAGAGAGGGUGAUAGUGGUUCAAAUACUAAGUAUCAACAAGAUGAUGCGUCAAAUCUAACAACUGUUUUACAAUCUGCAGUUGCUACAAUGAAGGGCUUUGAAGAAUCAGAUAGCCAACAUAACUCGUGGGAUGCAACCAGUACUGUCCAGCCCAAACGUAGAAAGCAAGCUGCAAGGCGACUGAAAAGAUAUUCUCUCGAGAGACAGUUGAAGGGUGAAACUCAUAUUCAGCAGCAGCUUGAUAAGACUUUGGAGGAUAACCUGAAUGCAAAUCAAGUAACAUAUCAAGAACUGUUGCCAUUAACACCUCCAGGCUUUGAAUCAAUUGCCAGUGGAAAACGUUCUCGUGAUUGGAACACUGAUGGUUUGUCUGAAAUUAACUUACAUUCUAGUCUGUUCGAUGAUGAGCUGGCUGCUACAAUCAGUAGCAUUUGUCAAGAUAAUCAUAAUGGAGAUGCGGAGACUGACAAUAUGGUUACCCAAGUAGCUGAAAUCAGCCAUCUUAUGGAUAAACCUAUGUUACCUUUUGACCUUUCAGUUGGAUAUGAGGUGGGUGGGAAAGAGGGAAAUGGAUCAACCCACUUACCUAUUGGGAACAGUGGGAGUUUUCCGUGCACCAGUGACAACACCAUAUUAAGGAGCUGCUCAUUGGCUGGGAAUUCUAUGGCUUCAGAUAUGUCGUGUCAGCUCCCCGGUCAGCAGGCCCUAUUCACCAAGACUAAGGAUACAUGGUCUGCAUUUGAAAUGAUGGAAGUGUUUCGGAAGGAUCCACAGGAGCCACAUUUCCUUCCACUACAGCAGUUUCCAGAAGCGGUGCGUGAAAAUAUGGCUAUAGGGUUAUUUUGGUCAUAUAUAGAUGCUGGGGAUGCAAUAAGUAAAUUACGCAUAACGGACAGCACGAAGAUAUUUGAGAAGCACAACACAACACUCAACUAUUUAGUGGAAAAUGGAUUCAAUGUCCAGUCUUUGCAGUGCAAGCUAAACAAGGCGCUCCAGUUCAAAUUGGAUCGCACCCAUUCUCUCGCAUACAGGGAGAAGCUGAAAGAACAGGUGCUGGAAAAGCAAUCUUCCUUGUCCCGCAUUGGUGCAUCGCGUGAUGAAAAUGAUAGUGCUAUGGCCAAGCUCGAGAUGGAACUUGGGAGACACCGAUGGGAUGGCCAGAUGAUGUCAAAGAAGAUGGAGGACGAAGAGGCGGAGCUGUCAAGACUCAAAGCGGAGGAUAGCAACGCUCAGGAGGCAUGCCGGGAUGCUGAAAAACAGUUUCGCAGCGUCCUGGUUGAGGAGGAAUGCAUUAACAAUUGAUAGCAGGUACUAGCUUCUUUCGAUGUGUCCCUCUAACUUAUGCUCCAGCCUUCAGGGCUGUAUGUGUAUGCAGGCGCUAAUCUAGGGCUAUUUCGAUGUGUCCUGACCUUUUGUUGAGAUCGUCUAUCUAUGCUAGUCUGGUAUGCCAAUUAUCUAUGUACUUAGGGGAUCGUUUGGAUAUAUGCCAGUCCUAACCAAACCAACUCUUUGCCAAUUGUAAGAAAUGGUUGCUGCCAAUUUAUCUCUUUUGUUGUAA